AUGCCAAGACAAAAAUAUUGUGAACAUCUGAGAAAUCAUGAGAAAUCUACAUGUGUGCCAAAAGCAGUCAAGCCUGUGUCUAUACAGCUUUCGAACUUUUUGAUUUCUCAUUGUGAUGCGGCUCACAAUCGAAUUCUUUGGUUAUGUCCAAGAUGCCAUACAUUCGAAUCGAAGAAAAAGAUGAAUUAUCAAUCAAUGGAAGGCAACGACGAUGAAAGUUCUCCUAUCAAUCAAAAUAAAAAUUAUGAAGAUGAUAAGGAUGCUGUCGAUAUGGAUGUCAAUGAACUGAACGAAGAAGAGAAACAAAAUUCUCAUAUGGAUAAUGGUAUUAUAGCUGAAUCAGACGACGACGAUGAUAAAUCACCACAAAUGGAUGAAAGCCCAACUGAUCCCGAAUCGACAAACGAAGAGAUAGAUCAUGCUUCCUAUAUGAACUCGAAUAUAAGAAAGACAAAGCAAUGGAAGAAUUAUCAGCUGUAUUCAAAUUACUGA